UUUUCCUGAAAUGUUUUAGUUGGAUGUUGAUCUAAUGCAGGGGUCACCAUUCCUGCUCCUGAAGGGCCGGUGUCUCUGCAGAGUUUAGCUCCAACCCUAAUCAUACACACCUGAAGCAGCUAAUUAAGGUCCUACUAAGCAUACUAGAAACUUCCAGGAAGGCAUGCUGAUGCAAGUUGGAGCUAAACUCUGCAGGACACCGGCCCUCCAGGAACAAGUUUGGGGACCCCUGAUCUAAUGUUUUUAAAUGUUACUUCUUUUAAAUGAAACAUUCUGAAACAUUCCUAUAAUGUUUGCGAUAAAAUAGAAUGUUCCCUUAAUGGUCACAUAACCAAGAAAAAAAAAAGGUUUUCUAACAUUCAAAAAUAACUUAAUGGGAACGUUAGCAAAACAUAAUUUUACAACACUAGCCCUAUCAAGUCCAGCUCCUCCUCUCUGGAUGUAAUUUGGACUGGAUGGAGCUGCUAGAAGGUCCAACCACAACCUAAUCCCACCCAUUAGAUCCACAGAGGAGGAGCUGGACGUCAUUUGGCUCUGCAGUAAAGCAGCACACUUGGAAAAGCUGCAUGAUGAAAAGCAUCGCUGCUGAGAAAUGUCAUUAAACUAUAAUAGUAUACAGUGACGCUGCUGCACGUGAGAUGAGUCUGUCUCCUCCCAUCUGUGUCUGGAAAUAAAGCCUCGCUCUCCUCUGAAGGUUUUGUCGCAGAUGUGCUGCGACUGCCAUGAACUCUCUAGACUACGAUGACAGAACCGCGUUCCUGGGAGACUGGGGACCUUUCCAAAGGACGGUGUUCAUUCUUUUGUGUUUGAGCAUUAUUCCCAAUGGAUUCACGGGGUUAUCCAUGGUGUUCAUGGGCGAUACACCCGCUCAUCACUGCCUCAUUCCUGCGGCUCUGAACAUCACUGAUGAAUGGAGAAACGUGUCUAUUCCUCUGGACGAGGACGAGGAUUCUCGAAUCACUAAAUGCUCAAGACACCGAGUGGACAUCGUGAAGAACUAUUCGGACAGAGGUUUGCUCCCGUGGGUGGAUGUGAAUGUCUCGUCCAUUCCUCGAGAAGCCUGUGUGGACGGCUGGGAGUAUGAUAAAGAAACGUACAUCUCCACGAUUGUUACAGAGGUUUGGCAGGAAAAUAGUGCUGUUUGUUACCAUGGGGAUUCAGACGGAAUGGAAAUAUUGAGCCCAUCCAUUCGUGACCUCUACUCCACUCUUGGCGUGUGUCUUUUCUUUUCAAUUGGGUAUAUGAUGCUUCCACUGGCUGCCUACUUCCUGCGAGACUGGAGAACACUGCUGAUGGCCCUCACCAUCCCUGGAUUCUUCUGCAUACCCCUUUGGUGGUUUAUUCCAGAGUCUCCUCGAUGGUUGCUGUCUCAAGGGAGGGUUGAUGAGGCCGAGGCAAUUCUGAGAAAGGCUGCCAAGAUGAACGGGGUUAAAGCCCCUGAUGUCAUUUUUCCCCUGCAUCAGUCAAAGGAAAACGCUGGAAGGUUGCAGACCUACAGUCUCUGUGACCUGGUGAAGUCCAGCAACAUCUGCUGUAUUACUGUCCUGCUGUGCCUGAUCUGGUCGGCUGUUUCGAUUGGAUACUGUGCCUUGUCUCUGAACACGUCCAGUCUGCAUGGGAACAUCUACCUGAACUGCCUCCUGUCAGCAGUAGUGGAAGUGCCUGCGCUCAUCAUGGCCUGGCUGAUGCUCCGCCACUGGCCACGCCGCCUCUGCUUGUCCUCCACCCUAUCAUUAGGAGGACUGGUUCUUCUCUUCAUACACCUCAUACCACAGCAUAUGAGCUCUGUUGCCAUUUCUCUGGUAAUGCUGGGAAAGUUCGGUCUAUCAGCAGCAUUUGCGAUCGUGUACCCAGCGACUGCAGAGCUUUACCCCACCAUUCUGAGGAACACGGCUUUAGGAACCUGCUCCAUGGCAUCCAGAGUCGGCAGCAUUUCUGCACCAUACUUCAUCUACUUAGGAGGCUACUACAAAUCUUUGCCAUACAUCUUAAUCGGCAGUCUGAAUGUUCUCUCUGGGUUGCUCAGCCUUCUGCUUCCGGAGAGUCUGGGAUCACCUUUACCAGAGACUAUCAGUCACAUGCAGACAGUGGUUUGGUCUAAAAAAAGACAUUUUGCUUACAGUCCAACCAACAGUAAAUGUGAAGAGGAGCAUGAGUCUGAACACUUGUGACGGAUCGUAAGGAUUAUUAAGGAUUAUGAAGGAUUACGAAGGCUCUGUAAAUUAACCACUUUACUCCAAGGCUGUAAUGAAUAGGGUGGGGGUCCUUUUUGUAAUGGCUCUUUUAGGUUUUCACUGUAAUAAAGGCAGACAUUUUAAUAUCUUUUGGAAUAAAGCCUCAACUUUUCAAACAUA